CGAGUCCAAAAAACGAAUGUCUCGUUUAUUCCGCAAACAUUUAAAAUCUUCCAACAUGGCUGCAACAACAGAGGACAUUACAAAACACUCGGUGCAUACAUUGGUGUUUAGAUCAAUUAAGAGGACUCAUGAUAUGUUUUUAGCGGACCAUACACUUCCCGUAGCUCAAAGUAAAUUAGCAGACGAUGUGAAAAAAAAGUUUAAAAUACUAGCAGAGUAUUCGCACAUAAUAAGGACACACACUGAUAAACUAAACAAUACUCAGAAUUCAUCUUUCCCCUUGGCUUUAGAGGCUCCGAAAAAUCAUGAUGCUCCUCUUGCAAUAACAGGACCGCAUCAUUUCCCAAGUGCACCAGGAGUUUCAUUAACAGAAGACACUGCAGCAAACAAAAGACAACCAACUGCGACUGGUGAAAAUUAUGUUCGUUCAUUACAACCUCUCUCCCAAACACAAUCAGAUGCAAAUAAACACGCACCUGGUAUCCAUGAAAUAAGGGAAAAAGCCGGUACUCUGGACAGAAUUGCACCUAAAUCUAAAGUAUUAGGUGUUACGGGAGAAAGUAAAGUACCUUUUUCAAUGGGUAUUGUCCCAAGGAAGGGAAGAACUCUUCCAAAACCAACUUGGCAUGCACCAUGGAAACUCAUGCGUGUUAUUAGUGGACAUACAGGAUGGGUAAGAUGUGUUGCUAUGGAACCAGCCAAUCAGUGGUUUUGUACUGGAUCUGCAGACCGGACAAUAAAGAUAUGGGAUUUAGCAAGCAACAAAUUAAAAUUAUCGUUGACUGGUCACAUCAGUACAGUGCGAGGUCUAGUUGUUAGUCCCCGACAUCCAUAUUUGUUUUCUGUUGGUGAAGAUAAGACAGUCAAAUGUUGGGAUUUGGAAUACAAUAAGGUGACAAGACACUACCAUGGGCACUUGAGUGCUAUAUACUCAGUUGAUAUACAUCCAACAGUGGAUGUAGUUGUGACGGCUGGAAGGGAUUCCACUGCUAGGGUUUGGGAUAUUCGUACAAAAUCUUGUGUGCACACUCUCACAGGCCACACGAAUACAAUUGCUGACGUAAAAUGCCAAGGAGUUGAACCGCAGAUUAUCACUGGUAGUCAUGACUGUACAAUUCGGUACUGGGAUUUAGUUGCUGGUAAAUCACAAGUCACGUUAACCAAUCACAAGAAGAGUAUUCGCUCCGUUGUCCUCCACCCAAUCCAGUACACGAUGGCCUCGGCUUCUGCAGAUAACAUCAAGCAGUGGAAAUUUCCAGAAGGAAACUUCAUACAGAAUCUUGCAGGACACAACGCUAUCCUUAACUGCAUGGCAGUAAAUUCAGAUGGUGUAUUAGUGUCUGGAGGUGACAACGGCAGCAUGCAUCUUUGGGAUUGGAAGACCGGGUACAACUUUCAGCGAAUGCAAGCAGCUGUGCAACCAGGAUCACUUGACAGCGAGAGUGGUAUUUUCUCGAUGAUUUUUGAUCAUAGUGGCACGCGAUUAAUAACAACGGAAGCCGACAAAACAAUAAAAAUUUACAAGGAAGACGAUACAGCGAGUGAAGAAUCACAUCCAGUGAACUGGCGUCCUGACAUCAUCAAACGUAAAAAGUAUUAGUCCGAUGUCGAGGAGAUGUGCACGAGAUAGUUACACACUGCAGUUGUUUGUACUUUUUUAAAUAUAUUAAAUGUAAACAUGCUUUA